AUCAGUUUCAGUGACUUAUGCAAGUUUCUCUUUCGAAGAAAAAUGUUUCACCAGGUCCAGACUACCGCUCCAUCUGGAACCGGUAUAACAUCAAAGAGACCUGCAACUGCCGGUCAAACUAAGGCUAAUGGAACGCCUAAAUUGGAACCAUACUGCUUUGAUAAAAUCCUGGGGCGUGGCACAUAUGCUCACGUCUAUAGCGCAUCUUUGAAAGUAGACAAAACUCGAAAGGGGAGACUAGCUGCCACAAAUUUUGCUAUUAAAUGCAUUCCAAGAUCUCAAGUGAGAAAUAAAAUUGCAGUUGAUAUAUUGAUCAAUGAGAUCGGCGUGUUAAAAAAGCUCAGGCAUCCUCAUAUCGUUGAGAUGAUUUCGUUCGAUUGGGAUCUCAAUUACAUUUACAUCGUCAUGGAGUUUUGUCCUAACGGUGACUUUUCUCUUCUCCUGUCUAAAAACAGAGGAAAAGUCUCCGAAGAGCAAGCGAAAUACUACUUUCGCCAGCUCGCUGAUGCUAUGUGCUACCUCAACUCACAGGAUGUAGCACAUCUUGAUCUUAAGCCCAAAAACUUGCUCUUGACGCAUAAGAAUCAACUCAAAGUGGCCGAUUUUGGCUUCGCUUUGGUGCUCCGAGAUGCAACAGAGGAUGAUAGUAAGUUUUCCCUUCGCGGCACGCCACUAUACAUGGCUCCUGAGAUUGUGAAAAAUGCAGCGACUAAAAGCAAGCCCAAGGAGCUCAAAAGGUCGAUGUCUCACAGCAACCAUACAGAAGUUCGUUCAACUCGGAGCAGGUCUAAAGGCAAAAACACGUCAAAUAUUUUUGAUGCCAGAUCAGAUCUAUGGAGCUGUGGAGUUAUUUUAUACGAGACAUUACUAGGAACUUGUCCUAUUAUUGGGACUACGUCACAAGCAGUUUUGGAGAAACUUAUGCUUCUGAAAGAUCCGAUCACCAUUCCAGCAAAUAGCCAAAAUAAAUUCAGUUUUGAGUGCAUUGAUCUAUUGACUAGACUUCUUCAAAUCAACCCAGAUGAACGUAUCACAUUUACGGAACUGCGAACCCAUCCAUUCACUGACCUUGAAAAAUAUCGGACCUGUUUUUCCAUCAGAACUGAAGGCGAAAAUUGUUUUGCCAAUGCUAGUAAUUUAUCUAAAAUUAGCGAUUUGAGUGGUGCUAUUACGCUGUACGCUGAGGGAGCUAGGUUACUAAUGGAAGUGGUUCAAUUGACAGACAUUGAAGCUGAGAAAAAUCAGCUGCGAAACGAAGUCAAUUUUUAUACUCAAAAAGCAGAAAGGUUAAAAAGUCGUUUGUCAGAAAAAGCUGAAAAUAAAGCAAAAGUUGAAACUUCGCUGCCAAAUAAAGCUGAUGAAACUUCACAAAUGGAGAACAUCAAUUUUGGUGCUGAUAUUGAACAGAUUUUCUCCCGAGGUGAAGAAAAAUUUGCCGAAUUUCAGUCGGCCUUUCAUGCCUUUGAUGACAUACUCCUGAAGCAGAGAGAAGCGCAUAAAAGUUUCCUGUGUCCAUUUUUAAGUAAAGGACAUUUUGACCAGUGUAAAAAUAUCCUUUUGAAAGUAAUCGAAUUUUAUCGCUUACGUUUGAAAGAUUUCAAUGAACAUGACGCAGAAUCCAAAAAACGGAGGCGGCUUUUAAGCGAAGAAAUGAUGCGGAUAGUGAGCUUAGCCGAAAAAAUAAUGGAAUUGAAAUCAGAACGAAACCUUUCCGAAAGUUUCAAUGCUAGUGGAUCUCAAGUGAUAGCAAAACCAGCAGUUGUACCAUUGAAUGGAAAAUCAACUGACCCUCUUAUUAGUUCGCCGGACGAAUCAGUUUUCCCAGAAGCUGUGUACCCUGUUGACAUUAAAGAAAAUAAUAAUGAUAAUCGCAAAUGCUCAAUUCAAUGAAUGAAGUUGAUACAUUAGUAUAGAAUAGAAGAAGAAUACAUGCACGGAUGCAGUACUUUCGAAGAUCCUAUGUAUUAAGAUUAAGUAUAUAGUUUUUAAAAGAGUAACGAAC